AUAUAAGAGUGAGAGAAAAAACGUGGUCUGACCACGCUUUGAGCAUAUCCAAAAUGGGAAGGAACAAUAUCCAGGCAACAAGAUGUAGUAUAGAUUUUCCCCAGAUCUUACCCCGCCUCAAUUGCUUCCUAUGAAAUCUUCAAACUUUUUCUCCGUUACAAUUCGAGAUCCAUAUAUAUCAUCAAUAAGCAUAACUUCAUGAUGAGCGACCCACCUGCACCUCAUACCCCUCCUCCACAAAAUGCUGCCAUCGAUGUAACCCACCUUACAUCUCUUGAAGAGUGGGUAUCAUUUCCUUAUGGAAUAUAUAGGCAUUCCUUCGAUGUCAUUCAAGCAAGAACAGAGCUAUUAGAAAAGGCAAUGGAGAAUAUCGCAACCAAACAAGAUGAGAUAUUGGAUUUGUGAGUAUAAAUCAUCCAAUAUUCAUCCACAUUAUUCAUCUGGAUCCCAUUUGCUACUUGCAACUCAUUGAAAUCUUUUACUUCAUUUGAAUACCUAGUAAUUCAACCGAUUUGAAUCUUUCAAUCUAUGGGCUCCUUCAUCAACCGCGCUUCAACCACGCAAAUAGUGUGCCACUCGCUAACAAGAUGGUUUUAAUAGGCUGAAAAAGCGAAAUGAUCUACCUAUUAAAAGAAGAGCAAGCGCAGGUCAGGGUACUCAUCAUGCAGAUAAUACAACCACCAAGAAAUUUAAAAAUGCAGGAAAAGUAAAGAAUAUAUCUGUAAUAUCCGUGAUUCAUGAACUUUUCGAGAUCACAAUUGACAAUUACGAAGGGAAAAUGUUGACUCGUACAACAACUACAUCGAUUAAGAAUUCUAAAAAAUGGUGGGAAUUUGUUGUAAUAUAUGAAGAUAAAUUCAAAGGAAAAUAUAAUGAAACAGAAAUAGAAUCGAUGUAUAUACAAGUUGGUAUAUUGUUGAGCAAAG